AUGGGCAAGUUUACCAGAGAAGAGGAAGUGCUCCUCUCCAGUUACUCACCGGCGAAUUCAGCGCGAAGUAGUGCACUGUUUUAUCUCAACGCAGUCGUUAUUUCUCUUGCACCUCUCUAUCUCUUCUACGGAGUGCAUCAAAUGGAGGUGGCUGAAUCAUGGAUAGUUUGGAUCAUCUCGGCUGUCGCAUCGACCUAUUUUCUUUCAAUGGCUUGUAAAAAUCAAAAGAGACUCUUGAAACAUCAGAUCGUCAUGAAACGAGGUUCUGCAGUAGAUAGAGAAAUCAAUCAGAAAUACGCAAAUGACAAGAAAAUGAGCACCAAGGAGAAGGAGGAGCGUGCUCUUUUCCGUAAAAACGAAGUUGCUGAUUCGGAGGCGACGUAUUUGUCCAUAUUUUUCACCAACGUCCUUUUUCUUUCGAUCAUGCUAUUCUUAGCAUUUUUCCUUCUCGCGAAUCUCACUCCUAUUUUCAAUUCACUAUUGUCUGUCAUAGGAUCAGCUGGUCUGGUAGCAUUCCUUUCUACUGCCAAGAAUUAG